AUGAAGACUCUUUUUCAUGACACAGUGGGCUUAGCGCUUGCUUGUUCAACUUACGCUUCAUCCUUCCAUGUGUUCGACAACACAGCCUACGUGAACACGUCAAUUGGCUACGGAACAACCAAUAUCAACUGGAUUCCCGCAUACGUGUGCAACCCGCUCACCGAGGGGGGAGUUUUACCAUCAGCCGAUGUAUGGAAAGACAUUGUCCUUGAGUGGAAUAUCUAUCCAAGUUACCCACUGGUUCUCGACUGCGAAGACCUCUAUUUCACCGAUGCUUCCACGGCAGAUCUUCACUUGGAGCUCAUGUCUACUCUGCAAACCUGGGCGGCCGAUGUGAUUCCCUCGGGUCAGAUUAUUGGCUGGUACGGGCUAUCCGGAAACACAAUUUCUUCACUGUAUGAUCACUAUCGAAGCCUGAUCGCAAACCAUACCAGCCAUGCGUUUUUCCCGUCUGCCUACACAUUCAGUGACAGCCUUUCCACCUGGAAUGCGUCGUUGACGUCUGUUCUCAAGACCAUCAACGCUAUCGAUGAUUCUUUGCCCGUUUGGUCAUACACUUGGCCGCAGUACCAUGGCAACUAUUCUUUCAUUCCCUCGACGCUCUGGGAGGAUGAAUUGAAUGCCUUGGCAAAGAAUAGUAAUGUGGAUGGUUUCGUUAUCUGGGGUGGGAAAAACCAUGCCGUGUGCAAUGAUGCUUGCCAGAGCACUGCGGGCCAACAGCCUUGGUUGAAUGCCACUCGCACCUAUUUGAAUACUUUGUAUGGCAUUUAUAGUGGCGACGCGGAAGUUGAAGGGUCCCAGAUUUUUGGUGGAAUAUAG